AUGAAGUUUUUUACCUGUUUUUUGAUUAUUGGCUUUUCAUCUGCAGUGUAUUCCAGUGACCAAAGUUGGAAGGACGAUGACGGAUUAGAAGUAACCAUAAUAAAAAAGAUUGAUGAUUCGGAAUGUGAUAUCAAAUCCGCGGGUGGAGAUGUCGUUGAUCAGUACUACAAACUGUCCGAUGAGAAAGGAGAAGAGAUUGGAAGUAAUUUUGGAAAGAAGCCAUACACAUUCACAUUGGGAAAAAAUCAAGUGAUACCUGGUAUGGAUAGAGCAAUGAGAGGAAUGUGCAUCGGUGAGAUUCGCAAAGUGAUCAUUCCACCGAAACUAGGAUUUGCUAAAGAUUCCAACGGUCAGCCACUCUAUUACACUGUUCAGCUGGUGAACCUGUUCCGUGCGAAUCCAGGCGAGAGAUGGGUCACUGAGGAAGGAAUCCAAAUUGAACAGACACACAAAAUUGAACCAGAAAAGUGCAAAAAGGCGGAGCAGGGCGACAAAAUCUAUCAGCAAUAUGUUUUGAGACUAGAAGACAACACGUUGGUGGAUUCGUCGUAUUCCAGAAAUGCUCCGUUUGUGUUCAGGUUGAGAAAUCGGGAAGUGAUCGAUGGAAUGGAUAUCGCUAUGGAUGGAAUGUGCGAAGGUGAGCGUCGUCGUGUGGUGAUUCCAUCAGAAUACGGAUACGGUGCUCAAGGAUCGCCACCAGAAAUUCCGGGAGGAGCUCGGCUAUUCUUUGAGAUUGUUCUAGAAAAACUGGUGAAAAGAGAUGAACUUUAA